UCGAGUGCCCGACAUGCCUGCCACUGCUCCUUGCUUUUCACCCUGAAAAUGCUCCAAACGCGGUACUCCAAGUUAUAGCCGUCGUAGUCGCAGGAACCACAGUCCCACAGCCACAGUCAGUAUCUGUAUCUUAAAUGUGGCGCGUUGUUAUAUGUACUCGUAGAUGUAGACAUCACACGCUAGCACGUCGUCUGCAUGGGAGCUUUUUGGGUUAGAAAGGAUCUGAAUCCGAUCCGUCGACUGAGGGCACAAGGUGGAAGAGUCAUAGAUAUUUAGUCAGUCCAUGGGACGACGUCGUGGCACUUGGACGUUCUCUUCCAAGUGAAAACGGUGAAUUACGAGCUACUGGCAGCACAUCCGUUAAAAAUAAUUUAAAGGGGGCGCCGCCGACAAGACCUCUUAAAGUGAUUAAGAGUCCCAUCAUCAGUCAGGCCUAAGGAUUCAGUACGCUAUCGUCACUUGGUCUGGAGUGUUUUCUUCAAAAACCAUUCAAGCGACAAAAUCGGUUAAUCGGUGUCAUGUGUGCUGGUAAUUAACAAUUUCUCGUCCAUGUCUUGUGUUAUUAACUUCUUGUCGGUAUCGGUUCAAGAGGUGGCACUCGCAUCCACCAACGGCAGGAUUACAUGUGCGGAGUUCAGAUGUUAACUACGUCCGUGAAGCUCUUCGUUAGGUUUGAGUGCAAUUAAGGACUGCAAGUGACAGUGAAGUAGUUGGUGGCUGUGCUUCGCGUUUCACCUCCUCCGUGUCAGUUUGGGAAGCCCAAGGAGCAGUGGUCAUUAUUGGGAACUCGCAUAGCGGCGUAUCAUACCCACAACGACUUGUUAGUGCAGUUUACCGCAUUCCAUCGCCACUAUUGCCACUGGGUGCACCCGUUGCCCAUAUACACAUUGCAAUCAUCCCCUUGAAAUCCUUGACUAUUGGGUUGACGAGUUUGUGAGCGGAAACCGACAGGUCGCGGAUGCAAUGAAAGUCGGUUGUUUAGUUCGAAAUAUAUAUAUGUGAAUUGAAUGUUUUGUGGCGCGAAUGGACAAAAGCGUUAGAAAAUGACGGCUAAGCGAGAAAAGGACUAUGCAAAAAGCAAAUCUAUCACAGGACUUGGGAUCACGUCCACAUCGUCAAUGAACUCAAAAAACUUCAGUUUCGUAACUUCAACACAAAACGUUUCUUCCAGCCAAGAAGCUUUAAAACGCACAAACAAACCGUUAAUGGAGAAACGCCGCCGAGCUAGAAUUAAUCAAAGUCUUGCUAUUCUGAAAGCACUGAUUCUAGAAUCAACAAAAUCGACAUCAAAAGGGACAGAUGGACAAACAAAGCACACAAAAUUGGAAAAGGCAGACAUCCUGGAACUCACAGUAAGACACUUUCAAAGACACCGAAAUCUAGACGAUCCAGCUGUAAAUAAAUAUCGCGCUGGGUAUACAGAUUGUGCCCGCGAAGUGGCGAGGUAUCUAGCGACACCAGAGCCUCCCCCCUUGCCCAGUAUGCCCUCGCUUUCAGAUCCGGGAUCUAAAGCACGUCUCCUGCGUCACCUAGACCAAUGUAUAGCCGAAAUUGACAUUGAGAUUUGCCCUCAUUCUACAUUCGCUGACAGCCCCUCCAGCAGUAAUUUCGAUACGAAUACUCUGAAAAAACCGAUCGAGGAUAAUUCAAUGGAUUACAGCAGCCAAGAUUCGAAUCCGAUUGACUUUAGUAAAAAUACGCGGGACCCUCAUGAAGGUCGAAGCAGUCAACCCAUAUCAUCAACUUCUGAAAUAAGUCUGCCAGCACAGGAUGAGAACAAUAACCGGGGGGACGAAACACGGCGAACACCACCCAUCAUUCCAGUGAACGUUGAAGAAUUGAUAGUAGCUAAUCAAAUUGCCACUACAUCGACUUUAAGAGACUUAAAUCGUCCUCAACUCGUAGAAUCGAGUAUUGACGUCAGAAAUAAGCCUUGUUCCACGUCUCCUUCAGAGUAUCGUUCACUCAAACCUAGUGACAAUGGCAUUCUCGUACUUCCACCUCACUACAUGCAACUCGCUGCAGCGCUCGGACUAAAUACACAAACGAUGCUUGAACCAAUCGUUUCAAGAUCCGACUUUGAACGGAUUGUGGAGCUCAAUCGCUCGCAGCAAAUCCCUCUUGCACCGGAUAGUCACGUUAAACCUGAAGUUGAGAACUUACCCCGACUAGGGGAACACCAUCAACCAGAUACCAACCAACCUGUGCAACCUGAAUUGAAUGAUGAAGCUCCUAUUCUACAAAAGGACAAUUCCGCCAACUCUCAGGACCGAGUUAAUAAAAUUUCUAACAUGGAUGUAGACUAUCAAGGAGAGCCAUUAGGAACAAAAACAUCACAGCAGGAUGUCCAUUAUCAAAGUGCUCUUGUACAAUAUCCUCAAGAACACAACAGAUCAUCACCUUGUACCCAGGAGAUUCCAAAGGUUACCGAAAAGCAGGAUCACAUAAACUACAAUGAGAACUCCUGUGAACAGAAUCAAAAUAAUCAAAACCUUCUUAAUCAACAAGAACAACGAGAACCAAGACCAUGUGGAACAGAUGACAUGUGGCGGCCUUGGUAAUUCACCCCUUUCAAAUCUGCAUUUUAACUCUGAAACGAAGAAUGGAGCGUUUCUUAAAAAUAUUAAAGAUCGCGGCAAUUGAGUAACUGUUUCUUGUUAAAUUGAAUAAUGUUAUGUUUAAAAUCAGGGAUUAUAAUUAGGAAUGUGCAAAAUAAUAUAAUUUUCAAACAAAAAAACAUAAAACGAUCGACCGGAUAUAUCAAUAACUAUCAUAAAACUUCGACCGAUCGCAUAAGGCAAAAGAAUAUUUAGGUGAAUGGAAAAAUACAACAGUAAAUCCGUUUCGAACUAUCAAUUACUGAACAAAAAUACUCCUUCUAGCUUUCCCCACUAUCGUGUCGCGCACAAAGUAAACUAUUGUUAACGAAGUUAUUUUAUAUUUACUGUGCCAAAUUACAUUUUAUUUUCGUGCAAUAAAAAUCAUUGAAAUAAUCGCUUAAGUUUAGUCUAAUAUUUAUUUAUUGUUAAUAAAAGCGUAAAGCAAUGAAUUAGCAAAUGGAAGCGGUAUCACAAGAUAUAUAUUGAUAAUAAAAGAAAGUGAACAAUGUACCUGAAUGAUUUUCUCUCAAAUAGAUUUAAUAAUAAAAUAAAAUUUGAAGUAAUUACAAUGUGAAGAGCUUGCAAAACGACAGCGAAUUCACU